CAACACUACACUGAGACGAUAGUAGAGACAAAGUACUGUAUUUGCGACACUUUUCAGGCCAACCGAAGCUGUGAACUGACACGUCGCCACUUCUGUGUUACAGAAAAAAAGUCAUAUUUGGCUCAACAAGUUGUUACCGCCGAAAUUCGCAAGGACCUGCAAUUUGACAACAAUGGCAACCGGAGCUGAAUCUCUUUUGAAACAAGACGAGGGAGAGAAUAGCCGUGGGCGGGAUUCCCCGUGUCCCUAUAAGUGCAGCUAUUGCGACAAGGAGUUCCCCUUCAAAAGUGCUCUGGACCGACACCUGCGGACUCACACGGGUGAGCGUCCGUACCAUUGUGACGAAUGUAGAAAAGGGUUUAGUCAACGGUCGAAUUUGAAGGCACACAUGAGGACUCAUACUGAUAAGGAACCAUACACGUGUGAGCUGUGCAAGAAGCAGUGCAGUAAACUGAGUGACUUAAAGAAACACAUCCAGACUCACACUGAUGAGAAACCUUACAGAUGUGAGGAGUGCAACAGGCAGUUCAGUCAGCUGAGUGAUCUGAAGAAACAUAUGAGAACUCACACGGGUGAAAAACCCAACCGAUGCAAGGAGUGCAAUCGACAGUUCAGUCAGCUGAGUGAUCUGAACAGACACAUGAGAACUCACACGGGUGAGAGACCAUACAGAUGUGAGGAGUGCGGCAGGCAGUUCAGUCAACUUGCUCACCUCAGACGACACAUUAGAAUUCACACAGGCGAGAAACCCUACAGGUGUGAGGAAUGCGGCAGACAGUUCAGUCAGCUGGGUGAUCUGAAGGGUCACAUGCGGACACACACUGGCGAGAAACCUUUCACGUGUGAGAUUUGCAACAAAGGCUUUAAACUCCAAGGUGAUCGGACGACCCACAUGCGUUUUCACACAGGAGAAACACCGUACAGAUGUGAGCAGUGUAGCCGACAAUUCGCUACGCUGUCUAAUCUGAAAAGGCACGUGAGAACUCACACCGGUGAAAAACCGUACUUGUGUGAAAUUUGCAACAAAAGCUUUAUUCUGCUAAGUGAAUUGAGGAGACACAUGAGAACCCACACAGGCGAGAAACCAUACAGGUGCGAGGAUUGCGGUAAGCGGUUCAGUGAGUCGGGUCAUCGAAAGAGGCACAUGCGGACUCACAAGUGAAACAUCGCAAAAUUGUGAGGAGCAUCUGAAGAGGCCCAGGCAAUCUCACUCGGAGUAAUGUACUCUCCAAGCAGAGGUUUGGCCCCGGCUGUUUUUGAAGCCAAUUUAGACCGCAGAUUUGUUGUUUCUUUUAGAAUUGAAAUCAUGCAUUGGUUUUGUUAUGGGCUCAAUUUCUACUUGAUACAUGUACAAGUAAAGCCAUAAAGGCACACGGAAGUAUCCAUAGUCUAUACUCACAAAAGCUUUCGGUUACCUUCGCCUCCGUUUCCUGUUCAUGUUGUCUGUUGGUAGUUAAAGAAGGAUUUCGUUACCACCAGCAAUCUACCUUUACUUUUUGAUUGUAUGUAAAAUGCCACUGUUGAAUGUGUGAUUUUUCUUUAACGUAUAGAUGGAGUUAUCGUUUGACUGCUAUGACCCUAGUAAACUAUUUUUUUUCUGAUGAGGAAGUUCUAUUUGUAACUCUGUUCUUAUUGUUGUAAAUACACAUUAGCUUUCAUAAUCUGCUGUAGCAAACGUGUUAGCAGUAACUGUUGAUAUAAGGAUUAUUAAAAAGGGCAAUUUUACAUUAGAUGAGAAAGGAAUACGUACAAUCAAUAUGCGAAACACGGGUAUACUGAGAUGUAGAUUGUAUGUAUAUUGUACCACAUGUAGUUUACUGUAGUUGAUUGUAGAUUGUUGUCGACAUGGCAGCAUUACACGUUAGGAGAGAAUACAGGGAGACUAACCUGCUAAACUACUGUAUGUGCUUCUCAGCACUCGUUAUAUAUUAAAUGUGUGUUACAUGUGUUUGGCCUAUUAACCUAGUUCCAAAUUAGAUUAGUCUCAGUAGCAGAUAAUUCAUGAGUAUCUUACAAACGUGACGUUUCUUCAAAAGCUAGGUUACUCCCAACUCUAGUACGCCGUUGUUUUGUACUAGGUUGUCUUUACUUUGUCAGUAUGUUGAAAUUACCUAUUCAUUUGUCUAAGUGUUGAAUAAACGAUUAAAGAAA